AUGAGCACCAACUGGGCCGACUACCUGAACCUGGUCUACAGCGUCCCGUUCUGGGAGGCAGAGCUUGAGAAGCUGACCUCACUUGUGCAGCCGUACCUUCAUGAGCCUGAAGUAGGCGAAAAGUUCAAGAACGUCCAGGAGAUGAUGGACGUGUUCUACCAGUGCGAGGAUGUCCGUGACCACCUGAAUGAGUUGGCGGAGUUGGCAACACGUGCCUCCGGCUUCAUGGGAACCGGUUUCGCUGCAGAGGAAAAGGUGGAGAACAUGGACGAGCAC